AUGAGAACCAUACUGGACUAUCCAAUCACGGCCUUCUCAAAAACCGAAGAAGACUUUUCCAUUGCCUACAGUAUCCGCAUGCAUAAGGACCCGGAACAGGUGGAAAUGCUGUUGAGAGCUAUCUACGCUCCACAGAACGUCUACUGUAUAUACAUAGAUAAGAAAUCCUCACCUGAAGUACACGAAGCUAUGCAUAAUUUGAGCCAGUGUUUCCCUAACGUCUUUAUUGCAUCGCAUCUUGAACCGUUUUACUAUGCGACGCGCUCUCAGAUGGAGGCGGAUCUUCAGUGUAUGCGAGACCUCCUGCAUACAUCUGUGCCGUGGAAGUAUUACCUCAAUCUGGCUGGACAAGAGUUCCCUCUGAGAUCCAACAGGGAGAUCGUGGAAAUGCUGACGCUGAUGAAUGGGACAAACGAUAUAGAAGUUGGCAAGUAUGUUCGGGGGCUUCGCUGGAGGUACCUUAGCCGGGUGAUUCCAGAUAUCGAGAAGGGAUUCAGGUUUGACGGUCAAAAGCUAGACAAGCUUGGGCUGAACGUGACACUGUACAAGGGAUCUGCUUACGGUGCUUUUUCCAGAAAGUUUGUCCAGUUCGUGCUGUCAGACAGUCGAGUUCAGCGACUUCGUCACUGGCUCGCGGAUACAUUCGCCCCUGAAGAGACUUUCUUCGCCACAGUCAAUGCCAUGUCUGGCGCCCCGGGCGGAUACCCCGUUUACGUGAACCAAAAAGCUGGAGAGCAUAUCUCCAGGGUUGUUCUAUGGAAAGACACGAUGUAUCCGCCGUGCCAAGGUGUGUAUGUCCGUGGUGUGUGUAUCCUGACCAGCCCGGACCUCAAAUGGUUAGUACAGAGACCACAAAUGUUUGCCAAUAAAUUUGACGUAAACGUUGACAGAAGCGCCGUCCAAUGUCUUCUCCACAAUAUACUACUUCGCAGAAACUAA